AUGGCAAAAGCAUACACACAAACUGAAUUUGACAGUCUGAUGGAGAAGGUGGAGAAGGUAGAUAUUAGGGUGAAAGAAUACUUAGAGUUAGCUCGAUACAAAAAGUGGGCUAGGUUGUAUGCACCUGUUAACAGGGGAUGGACAAUGACGUCAAAUAUUGCUGAGUCAAUCAAUGCCACACUAGUUUUAGCAAGGGAAUUGCCAAUAUACAACUUCCUUGAAGAAGUGGUACCAUCAACUGAAUACUUACAUACGGUUAACGAUGGAGGGAGGAAUUACACAGUCUGCCUGUUAGAGAGAAAAUGUGUUUGUGGGAGGUUCCAAGUUGAUGAAUUGUCAUGCCCACAUACUUGGGUUGUAUUGAAGAGCAAGUUUCUAAUGCCAGAAGAAUAUUGCUCUAACUAUUACAAACCAAAUACUGUUGUAAUGACAUACGAUGUGCCUGUGUACCCGCUACCGGACAGAAAUGAUUGGAAUAUACCAGCACAUGUUGCAGAGGAGGUUGUACUACCACCCAAAUGGAAAAGACGUCCUGGAAGGCCAAAGAAGAAGUGCGAUAAACCUUUAAGUGAAUUGCUGCAGCCGAAAAAUCAACAUUCAUGUAGCAUAUAUGGGCUUGGAGGACAUAACAAGCGAACGUGUAGAAAUGCUCCACGUAAUAAAUAA